CAGCAAUGGUAUCAAAGGCAUUCCAAGUAGCGGCAACCGUGCUGGCGUUGGCGGUGGACAUCGUGUCAGGGCAAACGUGUUCGGAAUUUCGCAACGUAGACUUCGACGGGUAUGACAUCUCGACCACGAACCGAGCGAAUCCGACCGAGUGCUGCGCUGACUGCGAAAUCACGCCCAAUUGCAAGCUGUACAACUGGUUUGACGGAGUGUGCUACCUCAAGUCCGCCCAGGGCUCGUCCAUUCUACUCCCAGGGGCCGUGUCCGGCAUCCUUGGCAUGGUCUCUGCCCCCACUACAUCCAAACCAAUCCACUCGACGUGUUCGAUUCUUCCCGAUGUCGACUUGGAUGGUGGAGAUAUUGGGGCCACGUAUCAAUCCGAUCCCGCCAACUGUUGCGCAGACUGCAAAAGCACGCUAGGAUGCAAAGCAUACAACUGGUUUGAUGGGGUAUGUUACCUCAAAAAUGCCCGAGGUAACUCCUACCCGUUGCCCGGGGCGGUCUCAGGACUCAUCGCGACAGCUCAGCCAACGACUCUCCCCCCUCCUCCCGCCUCUACCCCUAAACCUACUCCCACGCCUACUACAGUCCCAAUUCCUGUGCCCACUCCCAAGCCUACUCCUGCCCCUACGCCUGUACCUACCCCGAACCCUACACCUAAACUCACCCCAGUCCCUACUCCUGCACCUGCGCCCAAACCUACACUGGUGCCUACCCCAGUCCCAACUCCUGCACCUACAUCCAAACCCACACCUGUGCCUACAUCAGCCCCUUCCCCUGCACCUACACCCAAACCUACACUGGUGCCUACCCCAGUCCCAACUCCUGCACCUACAUCCAAACCCAUACCUGUGCCUACCCCAGUCCCUACUCCUGUGCCUACACCCAAACCUACUCCUGUGCCUACCCCAGUUCCUACUCCUCCACCUACCCCAAAACCCACACGUGUGCCUACCCCAGUCCCUUCUCCUGCACCUAUACCCAAACCUACACCCAAACCUACCCCAGUCCCAACUCCUGCACCUACAUCCAAACCCACACCUGUGCCUACCCCAGUCCCUUCUCCUGCACCUACACCCAAACCUACGCCCAAACCUACACCCAAACCUACACUGGUGCCUACCCCAGUUCCUACUCCUCCACCUACCCCAAAACCCACACCUCUGCCUACCCCAGUCCCUACUCCUGCACCUACCCCCAAACUUACUCCUGCAUCUACCAAGCCCACUCCUGUGCCUACACUAGCCCCAACGCCUGCACCCACAACCACAAUCGUCCCUUCCUGUCCCCGUAUUCGAAAGUCCUGGGAUGCACUCACCGCUGCCGAAAAAGAAACGUUCGUGUCCGCGAUAGAGAUCGCCAUGGAUCGUGGACUGUACCAAAAGUUUGUCCUCAUUCACCAAGAGCAAAUGGGCAACCGCGAGGCGCACGGCACGUGCGUGUUUCUGUUUUGGCAUCGCAAGUUCCUCCUCGGGUUUGAAAACAUGCUGCGCAGUCUCGGGGACCAAUACAAGUGCCUCACCCUUCCGUACUGGGACUACGUCCAAAACUACGCGACCAUGCAAAACACUCCCCAAGCCCAGCGAUGUACCUCGAUUGAAACCUGCUCCCCCAUCGCGACCGGAUUGGGGGGCUCCACCCGCGGGUCAGUUUUCCGGGGGUCGAUUUUUGGCUACACAUUCCCGAGCAACCGCUGCGUCAACCAACGUCCUGUGAACCACAUGUGCACUACCCCUGGCUCUGCUUCUUGUCCGAAAUGCACCCCUCGCGGCAACUGGGCUAACACUGCCAUGAUUUCAGACAUGGGGAUUGCCAACGUUCGCCAAAGCGUGCUAGGGGGCUCCAACAUCCUAACCGUUUCGGACAACAUUGAAAACUCGCCCCACAACAUGAUUCAUGCCACUUUGAACGGUCCGAUGGCCAACGCCCAGAUGUCCCCCGUGGACCCCAUCUUUUUCAUGCACCACAACACGAUCGACUUGCUGCAUACCAUCUACUACCACUGCAAAGUCGAGUCGCUCAACUUGAGCGACUUGCAGCAGCAAAACGACCUCCGGUCGUUCCAGGGAUGCUCCACCAGCAACGGUGAAACCGUCGGGCCGACGUCCUCGCUUCGCAUGCGACUGGUCGUUUCGGGCCAAACGAUUGAAGUGGCCAACGACCCGCUCAUUGGGUCGUUCUUCAAGGACUUGCCCACGCAGUACUACAAACUCACGGACGCCCGUCAAUUGGGCUACUCGUUUGAUAUUAAGGGACUGCUGGGGGACAUGUACACCACAUGCGGAAGCAGUAGUAGCUCCACCGGUGGCAUCGAGAGCGUUCAAGAAGUGAGCCAUGCCAACGUGACCAUUGACCACGUUGUCGAGCCAGUCGUGCUGGCAGAAAACCAAAACGUGCUGGCGUUCGAAGACGCCGUCCUCGCCCAAGCCGACAGCCAAGGACUGACCACGGACGAAGCGUACUUGGAGGUGCAAAAGAUGAACUUGUUGCUGCAGGAGAAUUGCAUGCCGGGCUCCGUCGCGGACUUUACGCCAGAGUUCAAAGCCGAGUGGCACAUCACAGGAUCGUCCAAGUCGUUUGCCCUUUUGCAGGACAUCAAAAGUGGGACCAAUCCCGUCCGCAUCGAGCACUGGCAAGACAUCCUCUCCAAGUUCUACAACUGCCGCGGUGACGUCAAGGAAGUUGUUUAGAAACUUACUACUAAAAUGUACUGGUACACUAGUAAUACCCCCGCAUCAUUACUACUACUAGUACACCAUUUUGCAGUAA